AUGAAGUUCACCGCUCUUGCCACCGCCAUCUUUGCCCUCGGCUUCGGUGCCGAGAUGGCUACCGCUGCUGAGUGUUGCCAAAUGAAGGUCUGCGAUAAGAUGAACCUUGGGGGCAACUGCAAGCACGGUUGCUAUCCCAUCAGGAAGAUGGCCAAACUCAACUUGAGUGGACUCACGUCUUCAGUCUCUUCAGCCAAGACUGAGAACAGAUGCUUCUGCACCAUUGGAAAGGAGGUUGAAUCCUGCAUGAAAGUUACCAGCUACGCCAAGGGUACAAAUGUCCCUAACCAUUGUCUUACCGGCGCCAAGUAUGCUUACUGCCAAUUCAACUAA